AGACACAAAAGAACAGCCGAGGAGCGAUGUGUGAAAGGGAGUUGCGGCACCUGACAACCGUGUGUGCCGUCCUGGUGACACUGCACGCCCAGGUGCUGCUGGCUGCCGGCAGCUUCGAGUUGCAGAUCAAGCAGGUGCAGAACCGCAAUGGAGUGCUGUGGAGCGGGGAGUGCUGUGGAGGAGCAUCCACCGGGGGGCGCUGUUCGCUGGGCGAUCAGUGCAACACCUUCUUCCGGGUCUGUCUCAAGGAGUACCAGCUGAGAGUGUCCGCCACGGGGCCCUGCAUCUUCGGCACGGGGGCCACGCCUGUCCUGGGCGGGAACAGCUUCUCUCUGAGACACUGGCCUCACAGUGAGCACGCCGCGCGCAUUCUCAUCCCCUUCCAGUACGCCUGGCCGAGAUCGUACUCCCUGAUCCUGGAAGCUCUGGACUAUGAUAACAGCACCUCCGGGCCAGCUUUGGAGAAGCUGAUCGAGAGGGUGACUCACUCAGGUAUGCUGAACCCCGGCGAGUGGCAGCCCCUGCAUCACCACGGCCGAGUCGCCAGCGUGGAAUACAAGGUGCGCGUCCACUGUGGGGAGAACUACUUCGGACCGCUCUGCAACAAGUUCUGCCGGGCUCGCGAUGACUUCUUCGGGCACCACGUCUGCGACGCGGGGGGAAACCGGGUCUGCAGCGAGGGCUGGAUGGGAGCGGAGUGCCGGCAAGCUAUUUGCAAGCAAGGCUGUCACCCGGCGCAUGGGUACUGCAAGCAGCCUGGAGAGUGCAGGUGUCACUAUGGCUGGCAGGGUCCGAACUGUGAGGAGUGUGUCACGUUCCCGGGCUGUGUGCAUGGCUCCUGCACCGAGCCCUGGAAAUGCGUGUGCGACACCAACUGGGGAGGCCUGCUGUGCAACAAGGAUCUGAAUUACUGUGGCACUCACCAGCCCUGUCUGAACAGGGGCACCUGUGUCAACACUGAGCCCAACAAGUACCAGUGUAUCUGCGAGGAGGGCUUCCGGGGGAGGAGCUGCGAGAUUGUGGAGCAUGCCUGUCUGUCCAGCCCCUGUGCUAAUGGAAGCACCUGCGUUGAAGUCUCUUCUGGAUUCCAGUGCCUGUGUCCUGCGGGCUGGACUGGACCCACCUGCACAGAGGACACAGAUGAGUGCGGGCCCAGCCCCUGUGCCCACGGCGGGACUUGCCAGGACCUGCACAAUGGAUUUCAAUGCAGCUGCCCGCCACAAUGGACUGGCAAGACCUGCCAGCUGGACGCUGACGAGUGUGAGCUGCAGCUGUGCGUGAACGCGCUGGCCUGCAGGAAUCUCAUUGGAGGAUAUUUCUGUGACUGCGCUCCGGGGUGGAGCGGACAGACCUGUGACAUGCGGAUCGAUCCCUGCCCUGGAGAGUGCCAGCAUGGGGGGCAGUGUGAGGACUCACCGAGUGGCUACAGAUGUCGCUGCCUGCCGGGAUACACAGGGCUGUACUGCCAGACCAGGCUGGGUGAAUGUGCUAGCGCCCCCUGCCUGAACGGAAGUCUCUGUACAGACCUGGAGGUUGGAUUCCUGUGCCACUGUGCAAUGGGUUUCACUGGCAAACUCUGUGAGGUAGUGCUGGACCUGUGCAGUUCCAACCCUUGCCAGCAGGAGUCGCUGUGCCAGAGCACCGAGGGCGGCUAUCUGUGUACCUGCCCAGAGGGCUACGAGGGCAAGGACUGCAUGAGGCUGAAAGACCCCUGCCAUGGAGCGCACUGCCAAGGCUCCCGAGGCACCCUGUAUGUGAUCAUCAUCCUGCUCUCAGUGCUGGCAGUCCUGGUCAUCUCUCUCUGCAUCUUUCUGAUCGCCCGUCAUUAUCACCGGAGAAAGGACUGUCAACGCAGCCCGCCCGUCGAAAGCAUCAACAACCAGCGCGAGUACAUCAACCUGAUCAGGAACCUGCCCAAACCCGAGGAGAUCGAGCUGGCCCUUCCACCACCCCCCUCCGCACCCCUUCCCAAGAAGCAGCUCCUGAUGCAGGGCCCCGAAGUGCCCAAAGUGGAUAUCUCCAAUCUGGAGCGAGAGAAACUCAACCACUUCCACUGCCCGGACUGGGAGGAGCUGGAGGUGUGAGCACCCCUGCCAGGCAGGCAGGCAGGCAGGCAGGUAGCUGGGACCGAGGUCACACCCAUUCAGAAAGUGUUUCUGACUGAGGAAUCUGCCAUUGACAAACCCAGGAUGCACGUUUCACGAUUGAUGGGCGAUGUAUCUGGUUCCUCAUUAUUAAUUGCAGGUAGCUAGCAAGGGUUACGCAUAGUUAGGGCUUUAAGUGUUUUGUAUUUCUUUGUGAUCAAGCUAUGCUGCUUCUGCACGUGGACCUGUGAUUGGAUGGUACUUUACUGGUCAAGAAAUUGACGUCGUUGCAGGAUUGAAAAAGACAGGCAAGCUUUACUUACUUUUAGCUUGACCCCGCGUGUGUGGAAGCCGACAUUCUGCUGUAUGAAGCCAGUAAGCACAGCUAGAGGCCCUGCUUGUUGAAUUUCACAGCUUUUUUAUAUAUUUACUUUUAAAACCUGUGUUUUGAAAAAUUGAACCAAGAAAUAUUACCUACCAGUGGGGCACCUGUAUUGGUAAGGUUCGUUUUUAAAAUCGAUUUUAUUUCAAUUGAGAUUUGCUCAUCAGGAUAAUAUGUUUUGUAGUGUUCUCUCCUAAAAGGCAAACCGAGUCUGUGUCUCUAUUUUCAUCCUACCCUACAAGAAGUGCACUUUGAGGGGCAUCUUUUAAAAUCUCUUAAAGUAAUUGUAGCUGACGACUCCAUACAUUGUACAUGUGUUUCACUUCCAUGACACAGAUCUCAAAUGUGCAGUUUUGAAAGAAACACAUUUUGUAGUUCUCAGUUUCUAUGCCUUAUCCUUAUCUUUUACACUUCCUGGGGCAUUUCACCUCAGUGGUGUUUUCCAGGUCAUGUUGCUGGCUGCAGGUCAGUCAAUAGAGGAAGCAGCUGAUUGGUUAAUGACAGGGAAGAAGCCAUUGAAGGGGUCAGGUCGAUUCUCCACAGGUAAUGAUGAAGCAGGUGCAACACUAACAGAGAGCAUGUUCAAAUAUUGAAUAGGGUUUGGAGACAUGGCACCUGAUUCUUAGUGAAAACGAAAGACUAGUGGUCAAAUUUUGCCUUGAAGGCUGAGCCGUAGUUGGCACUUGAGUCCACCAGAGGGAGUCAGGGAGCUUGAGUCCACUAGAGGGAGUCAGGGAGCAUGUCCACUAGAGAGAGUCUGGGAGCGUGUCCACUAGAGGGAGUCAGGGUGCUUGAGUCCACUAGAGGGAUUCAGGGUGCUUGUCCAUUAGAGGGGGUCAGGGUGCUUCUCCACUAGAGAGAGUCAGGGAGCUUGAGUCCACUAGAGGGAGUCAGGGAGUGUGUCCACUAGAGGGAGUCAGGGAGCUUGAGACCACUAGAGGGAGUCAGGGAGCUUGAGACCACUAGAGAGAGUCAGGGUGCUUGAGUCCACUAGAGGGAGUCAGGGAGCGUGUCCACUAGAGGGAGUCAGGGUGCUUGAGUCCACCAGAGGGAGUCAGGGAGUUUAAGGGGCCAUCUAAUAAGAGCAGUAGGAAGUGCAUUUGUUGUUCAUUGAUGGGAAAAGAGCAAUACACAAAUACGCAUUGUUGUGUAAAGCCAUCACUGGUAUCUUUUAGGCUGCUGCCAGUUAUCACCCUUUUAGUAAAAACGUAGCAAAUUGUAAUAGAGCACAGUGAAAGCAUAUCAAGCAUUGUGAAGACCAGAGAAGCAUGAUGAAACACAUUCACAAGUAUGGUAAGUGCAUAACAUAGCAAUGGGAGAAGCGUGGACAAACAAACCAGGUAGGAAAUCCUAAACAGCAGAGAUAACGUUAACCCCAGACACGACUUCCAAUUCAGCAUAGAGACCAGGACAAGAGGGUGUGACUGCAAGCUGAGCGAAGUUUAGAAAACUCCAUUGCAUGGAACAGCCUGGCAGGUGAAGAAUCAGGAAUAACACUGGCAACAUUGAAAAAACAACCCAUUCUGCACUAUUAGAGGAGAUGCCCCCAAUGGGGUGAAUGGUGUGUAGGAAGAGAUGAGCUGCUGUGGGCUGCUCGUCCCAAACUCCUGCAGGGAAUCUGUUUUCAAUCUACGGUUGUGUCAAGUGACUUCCAGUGUCUGUUGCUUUUUUGCAUACCCUUGUCUAUUUUAACAUGUUUGCAAGCGUUCUGGGUCUUUCUGGGUUCAGUUGAUCCAGUAUUGAGUCAUUAUGGUUCUCUAAAGCUACCUUUACCUGGCUUUGAGCUGCUUUGAGCUUGUCUGGAGAAUCUGUAGUGCCUGGACUCCAGUCAUGUAAUCUCUCAACACCUGUGGGUCCAGUUGAAAAGUCCCAUGAUUUGAAUAGAAGGCUGUUCAGUCCUGGGAUUUGGGGUCCUCCAGAAGAUCAGUAUGGGAGCAAUUGAGCGCAGUACCUCUUCGAAUGAUUGCACACACCCUGGAAUAGAACAUGUGAAACAGCAAUUCAAAUGACAUGUGAAGCCUUCCUGCUCCGAAUGGCACAGAUAUAUUGCAGAAUUGUGCGGCUUGCUGCAGUGUAUCCCUUGUUAAUGGAUGCUCAGGCUAACCUUAAUAGCUCUCUUGGUUGCUAACCAGGUGACUGUCUUCCUGCUUCAGUUUGAAACUGUGUGUUACAUAAAAACUACGACCAAGCGACCCAGCCCUUCUCUAUCAACAAGUUUGUGCUUGAACACAUUUUUCUACUUCUAUGUAAAUACCACUUUUAUUGUAAAUGAUGUACAUAUUUAUAUUGGUUGUUUUUUUUGGUUUUUUUAACAGUUUUUGUACUGUGCUAAUGUCUCCUUGUUUUUUUUGUUGUCGCUUUUUGUUCAUCGGUGUGAAUUGUAAUAAAAC